CCCCAAACAAGAGACUGAAAUGUCGGGGCACCGAUGCCACCGCACUUCCUCCGCGGUACCCCAGGCUGGCCGCGCUCACCUUUCUCCCAGCCGGUGACCCCGGAGAUUUCUUUUAUGGUGGCUUUCUGUGAAAUGCCAAAGCCACCCGAUUAUUCAGAACUGAGUGACUCUUUAACGCUUGCCGUGGGAACAGGAAGAUUUUCGGGACCAUUGCACAGAGCAUGGAGAAUGAUGAACUUCCGUCAGCGGAUGGGAUGGAUUGGAGUGGGAUUGUAUCUGUUAGCAAGUGCAGCAGCAUUUUACUAUGUUUUUGAAAUCAAUGAGACUUACAACAGGCUGGCCUUGGAACACAUUCAACAGCACCCAGAGGAGCCCCUUGAAGGAACCACAUGGACACACUCUUUGAAAGCUCGGUUAUUCUCUCUGCCGUUUUGGUUUUGGACAAUUAUUUUUCUGAUACCUUACUUACAGAUGUUUUUGUUCCUUUAUUCUUGUACAAGAGCUGACCCCAAGACGGUGGGCUACUGUAUUAUCCCCAUAUGCUUGGCAGUUAUUUGCAAUCGCCACCAGGCAUUUGUCAAGGCUUCUAAUCAGAUCAGCAGACUACAACUGAUUGACACGUGAAAGCAGUCACAGUUUUUUCCUUAUGAUUACAAAACUGCCAUAUGGAACUUGAUCACAAGACUGCACUUUCUUCACAGAUCUCAGGAAGUUGUGGUGGGGCAGAGGCUUUUUAAAAAAUGCGACUAGGGGGCUAUCUUUAUCUGAAUAAUAAUGAGAAUUUUUAGGUAAAGCCUGAGAUACAUACUACAAAAUCAUGUUGAUGAUUUCAGAUUUUGGAAGUAAAAUCGUGUCUGUUAUUUGCAUUCUUUAGCAACUUGAAUAAGUACCUGAACUCAUAUUUUUAUUCUACUGUGCAACAUAGUGAUGGUUCAGAAAUUUUUCCUUUGGGGAAAAAAUGAGUAUGAACAUUUCCAUUGUGUUUAAUGUAAAAAGGUCCAAACAUGGUGAUAAAAUUUAAAUUUUAUACAAUUA